UGGACUAUGGUCACAUGACGGUUAAACACAUCUUAAUUCAUCUGGACUUACAAAAAUAUUACGCCAGGAAUUAAGAAAGAUACCUGCCGUACACUGUUCUCUGACACUGUCUACGUUCUCCUCUAUCAUACCUGGUGGAGUCUUCUCAUUUUGUAAUACAGCAAUGGCCAGUCAACCUCGUACUGGUACUGUGAAAGCAAAAGUAGUACUGUUGGGUGAGGGGGCUGUAGGCAAAACUUCAAUUGUUCUUCGCUAUGUUGAGAACAGAUUCAACGAUAGACAUGAUUCAACAUUACAAGCAUCUUUUCUUCAAAGAACACUGAAUAUUGGUCCAAAACGGAUUCAGCUGGCAAUUUGGGAUACUGCUGGACAAGAAAGAUUUCAUGCUCUUGGUCCCAUUUACUACCGUGAUGCACAAGGUGCAAUUGUUGUGUAUGAUAUCACUGAUGUGGACUCCUUCACAAAGGCCAAAAACUGGAUCAAAGAACUCCGACGUAUUGUUGGAGAAGAUAUUGCAGUUUGUAUUGUUGGCAACAAAAUUGAUUUGGAAAAAAAUCGAACGGUACUAACUACAGAAGCUGAAAGUUAUGCAGCAUCUGUUGGAGCAACUCAUUUCAGUACAUCUGCCAAGCAGAACAAAGGGAUACAAGAACUGUUUCUGGAUCUGAGUAAAAGGAUUAUUGAUUCAGGAUUAUCAGCACAGCAACCUAAAAAUGACAAGCUUUUUGCUGCCCAAACAACUGGACGAAGAAGUAUUAUUGUUGAAGAUGACUUUUCACAACCAGCAGAGACGCUAGUGAGCACUGAUGGUGGUAGUAAAUGUUGCUAGAGUUUGUUCUUGUUUUUAAAUUUACUAUAAGUAAUCUUUAAAACGUCACCUAUACACUUUUUGUCUUAUAAACAUUUGUGUGAUACGAUUCCCACAGUGGGUGGCUCUCA